UAAUGGAGGGCUCUGCUGAAGGUGGUGGAGGAUCCUCCCGCAGACGCCGAACAUCAGGAGAACCUUUCUACGCUCUUCCCAGAAACAGAGACACUGCCACAGAUAUCAUAAACGAAGCGAGAACUUCCCUAAAAAUGGUCACAACCAAACGACCGUUCACCCCUAAAGAGUCCAAAAGAACCCUAUUUGGAGAACCCCCAGGACCUACGUUCAGUAGUCGACCACCGUCUAGUUUCAGUCUCAGCAGUAAACACUUCGACCCUACCGAUUCUAGACCUCCCAGUGGGACCAAAUUGAGUCCCCUGGAACACAAACCGAUGCUGCCUAUUGCACCCACAACUCCGGCAGUCGGAAAUCAUAAAAGAAGAUCGAAAGAUGUUGUUGAAAGGAAAAACUCAAAAGGAUUGAUGAGAGCUACUAGUGUAGAUGCAUCAUCGGCAAAUUCACUUAAUGUAAGCAUGGAAAAUGCUAUUGUAAUACAGGAGCGGCGUUCUGAUAGCGCACCGAAAGAAAGACCCCCGAUAUGUCCGGUUCCGGGGAAGAACGUCGACAGUGGGUACCUAACGUCCGAGUCCCGGGGAAACAGCGGCGGUAGCGAGACUAAUCUGAAAGAUCCCCAAACGAAUAAACGGGAUCCGCACUCGGCAUCAGCAACACAAGAUCAAAAACGAGUAGAGUUAGUGACGAGAACAGACGAGACACGAGAGUUAAGUUACGAUAACUUGAAUUCAGAAAUGGAACCGAUUCUGGCAAAAUUAACGAAAGAUGGCUGCCCUGAGUUGCUAUUGAGUCUGAUCAAAGAGCUAGACGAACUUCUAUCUUCACAGGAAAUGUACAGAGAACGAAAUUCUCUGAGAUCGAACGUUCUGAAAACCGUUUUUAAGCUCUUAGACAUUGAGAAUCCAGAACUACAAAUGAAAUUAGCUGAAGUUAUCUUGAAGUAUCGAGUUAGUGGAAAUAAUCUGAACAAUGUCUGUAAGUUAGUGUUCAAGUUGUCGAAAAGUGAAGAAAAUGAUACAAUUUUUGCAGAGAGCAGCUUGCUUGAUUUGCUAUUGGACGUUGUAACUGUCACCGAGGAACAGACUUACGACGUUCUAGUUUAUGUUUUCGGGGCCUUGAAAUUUCUUAGCAGCAACGGACAGUUACUAGAGAAAUUAAUAGAGCUUGGUCUGAUUCCGACUAUUUCUAAUUUUCUAACCAAUACACCUCAAUUGACUGGUGAUAAGACAUUUAACAUUCUAGUUCAAGUUACGUCUUGCAUUCGAAAUAUAGCAGAAGAUCCAGUCAACACUGUAUACCUUAUAAGGUAUAAACUAUUCGCUCAGUUGUUUACGAUUCUCACCUCCUAUGAUUCUCAAACAGAAGUGACGUUGAAUAUUUGUCGAACUCUCAGUCGCGUGGUAACGAACCCUGAAUGUUGUAACGCAAUAACAAAAACUGAAAACUGGUGCCUUAUUUUGAAAUCAGCUCUGAAAAAGCACUACAACAGGGCUAAUAUUUCAGUUAGAAUUAUUUAUUUUUUCUCAAUUGUAGCUGUAAGCGGAGGUCGGGCGGAUUCGAACCGCGACCUUAUUUUCUCUCAAAGUGAGUCAACAUUGCUGUUGAUUUUGAACUACUUUCUCUCACAGAAGACUGAUCAGACUUCUUCGGAGUCCCUGCCAAAUCAAGACACCGAAAGUCCUACAGAUAACGACGACGUUCUUGUUAAAUUGACUGGGUUAAUAGCCAAUUUGAGCUUGUCAGAAUCUAUCGGAACAGCUCUUUGUAGAAACUCGAAGUUCCAAAGUUUGCUGCUGAAAAUACUAAACAGAAAACCGGUACUUACUCAUCGAGAACUGGUAUUAAAUACAGUAGUAGUUCUGCAUAACUUGUCUUACUUUGCAGGUACACUGCAAGAAUGUGCAAUUCAUGAAAACCAAACAAAGAUUGCACAGUUGUUGGUAAACGUGAUGAUGCCUAAAGAUCUGCAAAGUUUCGACGAGAAUCUUGAAGUUAUGACCGAAUGCGUUCGUGUCUACGCCAAUCUCACAAGAUCGGAAAAGGUCAGGAAUUUCUUAAUUGAAAACAAAAUCGAUCUUCUACUGUUCACGUUGGUUGAUAGCGGAAGACGUGAACUUCUUUUCAACGUCGUCGGAGUUUUAGUCAACAUGACUUUGGAUUCGACUCAAUGCGAUAAAAUAUCGGAAACUGAACUAAUUUCGGCCCUAGUUGAAAACCUUCGUGAAUUUGGUGAUGACGAUUGGCUUCUAUCAAGUGCGCUUUGUAAAACUUUCUGGAAUUACUUGGCAUGUUGCAGCAAAAAACAUCCAAUUAAAAACGAAGAUUGUCGGUCAUUAAAAGAAGUUUUAAACUUCUUAAUACUCGAGGCUAGAAGCUUGAAAGAAAGUUCGACAGAAGUCAACGCCGGUGGUGAUGGUUUUGAAAGGCAUGAUACAGUGGCACCUGAAGUUGACGAGUUUUUGUCGGUUGCUGGCAACCUGGUUCAGAAGCUGUACGGUAUUCUGGCUUCAUUCAGCCAGUGAUCUUCUAAAAUGACUAAUAACUCUUACAACUGCCAAGGAUUUUUGAAUGUUUGUCAUUUUCAAAUAGGUUUUUAUUAAUCAAAUUUUAAAAAUUUUCAAUCAGAAUAAGAAAUUUUUUUGAAGUUCAUAUUUUAUGCCGUUGAGAUCAAAACCUCAAGUUCGAUAUCUUCAGCUCUACUCGCCUUUUGAUUUAAGAAAUUGUAAUUGUAUAUAGUAAUUUUUGAAUGUUUGUAAAAAUAUGUCAAAUUAUCUUCACAGUGUAAAAAAAGAUUAUUCCUGAGUAUUGUAAAUAUUUAUAUGAAAGUAUAUCAAUUUUGAGACAAAUUGUUAGAUGUUAUUGUCCUUUUCGAAGUUCGUGUAAAAUAUAUGUAAAUAGUUAAUUUG